GUUUCGGAGCCUACGUGUUCUUCGGCGCCGAGCAGGACGCCGAGAUGGAGGCGAAUCUCAUCAGGAACGAGACCUCGCGCCUGGAGCUGGAGACGACGCUCAACAAUAAGCCAGUGAUCAAGAAUCGACCGAAGCUUCCGAAGAAACAGCUCGAGAAGACGAUGUACCUGGAGGCGGAGAAAUCCAUCGAGAGGCGAGGGCAAGUCCAUCAUGUGAAACUACCGAGCUGGCCAACCCUGGAGAAGCUAGACGACUGGAUCCUCAUGAGUGUGAAGCAGAGCUCCUCCAAGGGCUUCGGUAUUCUGGACAUCGGCGCGACCUCCAGCAUCAUGGGCAUCGAGGCUGCCGAGAAUCUACGCGAUAUCAUCUAUGAGCAGACGGGCAAAAACAUCAAGAUGGACGUUAGCCAGAAGAGUACCUUUAUCUUUGGAGAUGGCAGCGCCAAGACCUGCACCGGCAAGGCAACCUUCCCUCUUAUGAUCGCCGGUGUGGACGGCGAGCUCGAGAUAAACAUCCUCGACGCAGAUGCCCCGCUCUUGAUCGGAGUGGAUGUUUUGAGCCGCCUAGGAGCUGUGAUCGACUGCGAGGCGCAUUCUGUCUACUUCAAGAAGCUCGGGCGCCGAGCUGAACUGCUCGUCCUUCCGAGCGGCCCCAGGUACAUCAUCAUCAUUUACGAGUACGGGGGCACCAUCACCAAUUACGCCUACAGCAACAUCAUCAUCAUUUACAAGUACGGGGACAUCAUCAAUUACGUCGGGGACAUCAUCACUUACGUCAGGGACAUCAUCCGUAUCAGCCCCGACUCCAUCACCUACGGCAUUAUCGGGGUUAUCUCCAGAGCCCUGAGCUCCGACAACAUCCAGUUUGUCCUACAUAUUCGCAUGAGCCUCAACCGCGAGGCGAAAUGUCGCAAAGCAGAGAGCCAGCAGAUCAAGCUGGAGAACGAGGAGAUGGAUGGCCCAUGGGAGCAGGUGGAUGUUCGGGCCCCGCUACUGGACUCGGGAUCAUCGGCGACGACCUUCACGUCGACGUCGGCAAGGCCUACACUACAACGGAUGCAGCCGCAGGGGCGACUGAUCGCUCAUCAGGACGUGAGGGGUCACAUCUUCUACACGGUCGAGGGCUCGGAGCUGGACAACAGCAUGAAGCGGAUGACGGACACCUUCCUGCAGGAGCACCUACCGAACUGGGAGAUGUGGUCCAGCAAGCUCCUCCAGCAGUGGACGCAGUGCCGUCGCUGGGGACGAAUCAUCCAGAAGGUCUUCAUCAAGACGAUCGACCGUGUGAACUGGAAGCUGGACAGCCUCGGACUACCUGUGCAGUUGCUACCCGAGAGGUACCCGACCUGGCCGGCGGACAUCGAGCAUCGUGCGAAGAUCGAGCCGUGCCAGCCGUGCACGGAGCCGAAGCAGCGCCCCCUGUCCCAGAAGUCAGCAGCCUCAGCAGCCGCGCGCGAGCAGAAUCAAGAGCUGCGAGCCACCAUCGAGACCGCAAAGUCAGAAUUCUUGACCAAGUUUGCGGAGGUGGAUGCGUUUGCAGCGCUGAGCUCGGAGCAGAUCCACGAGCAGCUCAGCAUGGUCACGUUGGUCAACCAUCUCAAGCCGCUGUGCAAGAUGUGGGGACUGACCCAGACUGGCAAGAAGGAGGAGGUGAUCGACAAGAUCAUCGCGUACAUCAUCGAGCAGCGCGGCACGGCGGCAGCGACUAUCAAGAUCAAGAAGGAGACGGAGACCAAGAAGAUGGAGACGACGGCCAUGCCCGUGGGCCCGGCGAUCUCAGCUCACUACACUCAGAUGUGCCAGCACCCGGACUGCAAGCUACGCCGAGGCAUCGCCAAGAACGAGCCGAUCGUGAAGGUGAGGCUCUACGGUUGGUGCCACCAGGCGUGUGCGGUCAAGACGAAGGACUCGAAUCUCGGGAAGGUGUGCGACGAGAAGGGCUACCACUACGAGCGGCUCGGCCUCUUCAACGAGAACGACCUCAGCAAGCCGCAGGGCUACCACAAGGCGAAGUUCCUGCUAGACGAGAAGCGCCCGGAGCUCUUCGUCAGUACACCACCUUGCGGUCCAUGGUCGAUAAUGCAGAACGUCAACCAGCGCAACGAUCAACAGAAGGAGAACCUUCGCAGGAAGCGGCUCAAGAGCCAGCGGAUCUUCGAGAACAACAAGAGGCUCAUCGAGCACCAGGUGUUCAACCUGAACGGCUCGGCCCUCGCCGAGCAGCCCCACAACAGUCGGUCGUGGCAGAAGACCUGCUGGAAGGAUCUCCACAAGAUCCUACCGUACGAGGUGAUCGUGGAUGGCUGCGCCUGCGGACUACGAGCCCCUGACACGGGCGAGCUCAUGAAGAAGCGCUGGAAGUUCCUGACGAAUGACAGGAGGAUCUGGGUAGCCCUACAACCUCUACAGUGCCGUGGAGGACACUACCACGAGGAGAUAGAGAGCAGCUUGAGGACCGAGGCCUCGGGCUCCUACCCCAAGAUGCUGUGCCGCCGGAUCCUCAGGGCUCUGACCAAGAGCCAGAACCAGAACUACUUCGAGGACGAGGUUGUGAACUGCCUCUGCAUGGCAGCUACCCAGCAGCCACCGACAGAGCCUACGCCAGAGGAGGACGAGCCGUCUCUUCCACCACAAGACGGCAAGGAAGCGCACAACCUCACCAACGAGACGGUCAAGAAGCUCGAGAGCUACAUCAGAUUGGUGCUUUUCGACGCUUUCUCGUGGAUCCGUCGCAGCACGAACACGAACGUGAUGGCGCUGGCGAUACUCGACGCCGGCUCGGACACCCUCUACGUGCGGCUGAUCGACGAGAAGCCGAUCCCGGGUACGACUCGACAAGUUCGUGCCGGCGACCUUCGGCAUAUCUUUGCUACAAAAUGGUUCCCCUGGAUGGGACGCCCGAAGGUCAUGCGCUAUGACCCUGCCGGCAGCGCCAUCUCCGACGAGUUCCGCGAGUGGAUCGAGGGCCAGGGAGUCUACUGUCUCCCAUGCGCGGCCGACGCCCACUGGCAGAUCGGCAAGAUCGAGCGCGCCAUUGAAGCCUUCAAGGAGGCCCUCGACGCUUUCGACGAGAUGGUCUCAGCCGAAGUACCCACCAGCGAGAUGCUCGGACUCCAGACAGCGGCCAGGAACGACCUGAUCAGGAUCGACGGGUUCAGCCCGCUGCAGCGCUACGCGGGACGGACGCCGACUGGGACGACAGUCAACCUGUCGGACGAGCCGAACAACCUGCCGCUCAUCAGUGCCGAGCUGCAGGACGGUACCUUCAGCAGGGACGCCCAGGUACGACGGAUGGCGCGGCUGGCUCACAUCCAGACCGAGAACUCUGACCGAGUUAAGCGAGCGGAGGCCGCGCGCUUCAGGUCCUUCAAGAAGUACGAGACGGGCGAUCUGGUUUUCGUCUACAGGCGGCUCCCACCAGGGGCCUGGCGCAAGAAGGGACAGCCUCGCUCAAUGCCUGGGCGAGGACGCUGGUACGGACCUGGACGAGUACUUUGUCACGAGCCAGCGAGCUCGGGACACCGACCUGGUCUACCUGGGACGGUGGUCAAUAUCACACUGGCUGGCCGCCUCUACCGAGUUGCCCCCGAACAACUUCGACCUGCCACGCCUUCUGAGGAGGCGAUGGACUCCCUACGCUCGCGCCGCGAGCAGCCGGGGACCUGGACCUUCGGCGAUGUCCAGAAGCAGCUCGACACUAACGAGGUGAUCGACUUGUCGAACGAGUCCCCGCCCACUGGCGAGGAGACCCUCGUAGUCUUGACCCAGGAGGCGGCGGAGGUGGUGGAGCCUUGGCGGCGCCACCGGGACUGGAAGAGCGACCUCUACCUGGACCGCGUCCAGGAACCUCUCAUCCAGCCAGCUCAGCCAGAAGUUCCACCAGGCAUUCCACAGGAAGACGGCCACGAAGCUGGACUACCCGAAGAAGCUGAGCAGCCCAUCGAGGAGGAGAUCGUCAUGGAAGCCCCUCCCGGCGACGACCAGGAGGAGCGCGCGUCGCAGCGGCCCAUCGAGGUGGAGACUGACGAUGACCUCGACGAUAUCUCGGCGCCCGACGUGAACGAUAAGCGCCGGAUCCGAGAGCCCGGCUCAACCGAGCCCCCGGCUAAGAAGCAGCGGGUCAACGCUGCGACCCAGGAGGCCUUCUCCUACUACCUGCAAGAGGGUAACUUCUACAGCGACUAUGCCUACAGUGUCCAGCAGUACGACGAUAUGAAGGAGAACGACGAACUCAUCGUGCUGGACAUCCCUGUCAGCAACGAGCAUGCGUUCAUGGCCUACAUGGACGACCCCAGCAACUUCGUGGCAUCGCAGGCCCGCAAGGGCCGAGUGGAGGUCUCAUUUAAGAAGGCGACGCCUGAGGAGAAGAAGCUGCUACUCGAGGCCCAGCAGAAGGAGUGCACCUCAGUCCUCAGCACGAAGGCCGUCAGGAUCCUCAGCCGACAGGGGAUCGCCCCUGCGCGCCUGCUGCGCUGCCGCUUCGUGCUGACCUGGAAGAAG